GCGUGCAGUUCGAACGCGGGGGCGACCGGGCAGGAAGGGGCUCGCCGGCGAUGAACUGAUGCGGGCCACCCUUUACCAUCCAGGGAGCUGAGGACCCCGUAUUCCGUCGGUGACGCUCCCCGUGACGGGGCGUUCAGAGCUCCAGAAUGUCAGCCAACAUCGCGGUGGCGUCGCUCCUUACUGCCACGGUCUUCGCGCUCCUGGGAUGCGCGCUAGCGUCAAAAAACGUCUGGAUUCUCUCUCAGCAGGAAAUGGAAGGAGACGGCUGCGACUUCCGAGCAUAUGAGAAGACUAGGAACGCUUGCGAGGACAUGUUCUCCAACGUCGACGUCGUCACCUCGGGAAACAAUACAUGCAGCAACGUUCAAAUUUACAUAACCUGCGUGAAGGACGCUAUGCGCAAAACCCUCUGUAGCGCGAACGACACAAUCAAGGAAAACGAGAACGCACGCAUCAUGAUCAACGUCCGCAAAAAGAAUGUCACAUGCAUUCCCAAAGCAGCUCCUCAGAAUAUGCGGCAGACGAUGUCGUGCCAGCGUUCUAUCGCUCUCAAGAAAUUCUUCGCGUGCUCCUCUACGUUUCACUACUACAUGAAAAACAAGGAUGACCUCUUGCCGGCUGGAGGAGGCACGGACUGCAGCGUCGUCUCCGGCUACAAGGACUGCGUUCAGCUUGGCCUCAGGCAUUCCGACUGCGGCGACGACAAAGAUUUCAUCGACCAUGUGCACUACUUCAUGCGGAACGACAUCGUUGCGUUUGCGAAACCGUGCCAAGUCGACACUAACUCUCCGGCAACAAAUAUUACCGCUUUGAAGACAUGCGACGAGGACAAGGCAAUCGACACGUACCUUACGUGUGCCAAGAAAUUUUUCGACAACGUCGACUCUGAGGAGCUUCGAAAAGUGUCGAAGAUAUCUUCGAAAACAAAGGUCGGUUCGCGGCUCAUGGAAAAUGGAAUCCGCAGCGAGGACCUCACUACCAAGACACAGACCAAGAUCGAUCCCUGCACGGCUGUGAAAUCUUGGCUCAACUGCUAUUACGAAGAUAUUCUAAAGUCCAACUGCACAACUGACUCUGAGUUGUACAAGAGAUCUCAGGCCCUGUAUCAAGUCAUGGUUGAUGAAUUCAACUGUGUCAAUUCCCAGUUUCAAGCUGUUGCUGAAUCAGAAACUCCGGACUGCCAAGAAAAGCCGAUGCUCAACAACUUCUUUGUGUGCGCAAUCAACUACAACGUCGAGAGAAAGCGAAUCCCGGUCUCUUUACAAACGAAGCCAGACGUCGUUUGCCCCUCCAACCUCAAGUUCGAAAUGUGCGUCGCUCAGGCCAUGCGCGAAUCGAGAUGCCUCCAUGAGCGCAUGAAGAUCAUGCACCAUCUCAAGUACCUGACCGAUGUCAUUACGACGCCGACAGUAUUCUGCAAAGACGGAGCAGCCGAAUACUCCAAGCAGGUCUUGGAAGGAAACAAGCGGUGCUCGAGAUCGACGCUAUUUCGAGAAUAUUUCACCUGCGGCCUUUCUUUCCAAAAAGAACUGGAAACCCACAACAAUUUCAAGGGUGACGAAGCAGGAAAGGAGAGAUGCGCGACAAUGAAUUCGUACAACGAAUGUUUCCGCAAAGCUCUGGAAGCAUCAGAGUGCCAUUCGAAAUCUGCAAUCACGGACACGAUGCAGUACUUGAUGGAAUUAGAAACCAAGGACAUCGACUACAGCUGCGAAGAACCUCGACCAGUUUUGAACGCUGGAAUCAUAUCAACGAGAUGCUCCAAGAGCCUAGCAGUAAAGAACGCAUUUCUUUGCGCAAUGACUUUUGAACACCUGGUUGAAGACUUGAAAGUUAAACGUGAAGCAACAGCGGAGAAAGUCUGCAAGUACCUCGAAGAAAUGAACAGCUGCGUCGACGUUGUCAAAAAGAGCACGGGGUGCGACAGAGAUGGAGAAAUAUUUAACCACGUGUCUCCAAUUCUGCAUUCGUUAACUCAUGAAUAUGAUCGAGCAUGCCGAAAUGUGACGAACAGCUUCAGGAUGUCUUUCGUACAAAUGAAAAGUCAGGAAAACUGCGUGCGCCAGCGAGUUCUGAAAAAGAUGUUUGUUUGCGGCCUCAGCUUCAGUAAUCUUUUCGACGAAAUGGAACCAAGAUCUGAGAGUGGCAACCCAGUGAAGUGCAAAUUGCUGAUAGACUACGAGCAGUGCAUCGCAAAAGCGUCUCGAGGCACGGGCUGCGACGAAGAUGCCGAGAUGCGAGUUCAGAUUAUGUCUUUCUCAGACAUCAUGCGCGACGAGUACAAGGACUCUUGUCCCAACGUUGUGUACAAGAACGCGCCUGAGGCGCCAGAAGCGUUCGAAGAUUACGAAGAGGACUGGGCGGAUAGCGACCCCUACUGGUACGACACGAAAGAAGGAGCGGAAGGACAGGCCGGUGGAAAGGGCCGAAGGGCUAGCGCCCCGGUGGUUAAAACACGUGAAGACCCGUUUGGCAACGUCAGAGUGAUGACCCCGUCCAAUGCAUCUCGUGUUGGCGCCGACGGAAACAUGGCACACCAGAGAAUGGCUAAAGAGCGAAUACUACAGGAAAGAAACAAGCCAGGAACACUGAGACAAGUGGCAGGGCCCGGCCAGAAUUCCUCGAACGACAUGGAUCUUAGUACGUUUCUAAGGAGAGAGCCAAGGACUAUUUACAACACUAGCGGAAAGCGCAGAGUGCGAAUCGAGAAGGAAUACCUGGACGAUUCGCCGGCUGCAAUGGCGUCGUACGGACUAGGGGGCGACUACAAGGAGGACUACGUGGACGAUUCCUUCGCAAGGUUCCCCAGCAGACGAAUGGGGCUACGGUACCGCGCGCAGCAGCGGCGUAGCGACCCGAACGCGUGGGUGAGCAGCCGCCGGGCCAUGAAGAUCCUGGACGACGAGGAGCAGCAGGAGGACGACGACAUCAUGGGACUGAUGCGGAGGAAGCGCAAGCGCAGUGGCAGCGAUGCCGUACGCAGGAUGAGCAAGGACCUUCAGGUGAAGAAGCAGCUCGACUACGACGACGAAGGGGAGGAGGACGAAAUACUUGCAGACCGCGAGACGCACAUCUCGGGCGAUGAGUGCAACCUGAAGCAGCUCAAGAGGCAAUCUGAAACAUGCGACCGCACCUUUUCGGAUAGCAUAAAGGUGUCAUGGAGCAAGGACUGGCCCGCCCCCGCAUCGUCGUCGUCAUCGACGCCAGCAAAAGACGUGCAGGAGAAACUUUGCAAUUCACUGGUGACCUAUCGAACCUGCCUGCUUGAAACUGCCAAGCGAAUGCAUUGUGGAGAGAUCGCGGGCAAGGUCGCCGUUGUGGUCGAGGAGCAGAUGAAGAAACUUGGCGUCGCCUUCUGUGGCGCGCCCUCCCUGCGGCUUGCAUCGUGGAUGGCCAUUUUCCUGUCCGUUGCACUGACCUUCCGUCAAGCCCAACUGUUGUAAUGCAGAUGAAAAAAAAAG